ACACGCUCGAAACUCGCACAUCCGUCCGUGUCCAUCCCUGCAACUCGAGACCAGACCACACCCCCUAGUCCAUACGCCAGCCAGAGCCAGCGCGUCUCAUGGAGGUGGAAACACCGGCGCAGCCAUGCAGGAAUGUUGCCCAGAGCGCCGGCACCACAAGGACACUCAUCCGCAACCCGCUCCUCGUCGUCAACUUCGCCCUCAUGGUCGUCGGCUCAGCGGGCGGCCCGCUGUUCCUCCGCGCCUACUUCCUCCACGGCGGCGCCCGCAAGUGGCUCUCGGCUUUCCUCCAGACCGCCGGCUUCCCGCUCCUGCUCGUGCCGCUCUGCGUCUCCUUCUUCUCCCGUCGCCGCCAGCGCGAUCGCGACGACGCCGACGCCGACGCCGACGCGCCGGCGAAUAAGGCGGCCACCCGCACGCCGUUCUUCCUCAUGACGCCCCGCCUCCUGGCGGCGUCCGCGGCCAUCGGACUCAUGACGGGCGUCGACGACCUCCUGUACGCCUACGGCCUUGCCUACCUGCCGGUGUCCACGUCCUCCAUCCUCAUCUCCACGCAGCUCGCCUUCACGGCAGCCUUCGCGCUGCUGCUGGUGCGGCAGCGGUUCACGGCGUUCUCGGUGAACGCCGUGGCGCUGCUCACCGUCGGCGCCGCCAUGCUCGGGAUGAACGCCGGCGGGGACCGCCCCGCGGGCGUGUCCCGGGCGCAGUACGGCGCCGGGUUCGCCAUGACGCUCGGCGCCGCCGCGCUCUACGGCCUCGUGCUCCCCGUCGUGGAGCUCAGCCAGGCGCGCCACGCCGCGCGCGCCGGCGCCGGCGCCGUCACCUACACGCUCGUCAUCGAGAUGCAGCUCGUCAUCGGGCUCACCGCCACCGUCUUCAGCGCCGUUGGCAUGCUUGCCAACAAUGAUUUGCACGCAAUCCCGGGAGAGGCGCGGGAGUUCGAUCUCGGUGGGUCAGCAGGCUACUACCUACUGCUGGCCGGGUCAGCCGCCACGUACCAGUGCUUCUUCCUCGGCACCAUCGGCGCCGUCUUCUUCGGCUCGGCGCUGCUCGCCGGGGUGGUCAUGACGGUGCUCAUCCCGGUCACCGAGGUGCUCGCCGUCAUGUUCUUCCACGAGCCGUUCAACGGCACCAAGGGCGUCGCCCUCGCGCUCUCGCUCUGGGGCUUCGUCUCCUACUUCUACGGCGAGGUCCAAACAUCCAAGGCGCACCGGCACCACCACCAGUCUGCAGACAAGACACCAAACGCUGAGCAUUUGGACCCAUAGGCCAGUAGAUUUCGGGUUGAAGAAAAAGGCAUCAACACAGUAGCAACGGACAGCCAAUGCAGUUAUUCAAAUAAAAUAGUAUAUAAAUACUGUCUGAAGCGAAACUGAGCCUGACAGGCAGGGCAUUUCUUGAACGCCUAAUCCUUCAGGAUUGAUUUCUGAAAUAUCAACCGACGUGAAUUCACCUUCAGGCUCCAACAAGUCUAAGAUCAUGUCCUGGCCCGCCCCGACAACAAGAACAAUUAAUAGAGGCAAGCAUUAUAAAAUGGCCGUCUCCGUUAAAACAUUAGUGAAGACAGGCGGUUAUUAAGGUCCGUCUCCAUUAAUUAUGUUAACGGAGGCGGUAGCUUUGUUGUGCCCACCUCUAUUAAUCGUCUAUUUAUAUGAUUAAUAGAGGCGGAAAGAGAAACCACCUCGGUUACCGUCGAUUAACCAAGGCCUUUUAUUGGAGGCGGUUGUAUCGGCCAGUCUCCACUAAUUAAAAACAACUGCAUCCAUUAAACUUUCUAUACUGGUGCUUGAGCUCUGCUUGCACAUCUUACAGUAUAUAGUUGCAGAGUUCUAAUGAUGCUAGUAUUGUUGAAGUGAUCAGUGUCCAGUUUUUUUCCCAAGAACAAGAAAUGACACAAUUUUCUAGUGUUAUUUUGUCAGCAUUUGAGCUAGAAUUUGCUUCUUGUUUUUUGAAGUCUUGAACUAUCAUAGUGGCAACUAGUUUUCCUUUUUUACUCGUGUAUUUUGGACCAUACAGGUCAUAGAUACCCUUCAUUCUAGUGCUGCCAUGCUGGGCGUGCCUCAUUCACUCCAUCAGACAAAUAAACUUGAAAAUCUUUGAUGGGUUCAUUGGCUAUGUCAAAUGGUCCAUGAGAAGCUAACUAUUUUCUCACUCUGAACAGCCAAAAUAGUUGCUAAGCUUUAUUAGGUAAGAUUCCUAUCUCUGAAGAUAUGAGUUAUUUGGUUUCUACUACAUGUUAAUUUACAUAUAUUAGUCCACAUCCUCAUAUCUGAUUUUUUAGUGCAUAUAAUUAUCAGUCUGAUUGUUCUCAAAAUAUCUUCAGCGACAAAAAAAUAUUAGUGUCAUAGUAUGCAAAAGUAUUGGAUAUGGUUGGCCUGAUACUAAGAGUAUGUGAUGACUUAAGGCACCUCUGAACUCUGAAGCUAUGUGAACCUACUGUUAGAUUUCGUUCAGCCACAUAUGUGAUAACUUAGGCACCUCUAAAGAAUUCAUACUGAAACUGAAAUCAGUCUUCAGU